AUGAUUUUGGCCAAUCUCCGAAGAUGUGCCUGGUCCGGAUUUGGGAAAACCAUUCCCGCAUCGCUGCAGCAAAUCAGACCAAAAACGUCGUGCAAUGACGGCUGCCCACCGAAGAAGCCAUCGGAAUGUCCAUCUAAGUGUCCUCCACCCAAAUGUCCGCCUAAGUGUCCUCCGCCCAAAUGUCCGCCUAAGUGUCCUCCGUCCAAAUGUCCUCCCAAGUGCCCAGAUGAAUGUGCGGAAAAACGCGAAGACAAAUGCGAGGAAGUCAAGUACAAAAUAGUUAUGGUGAGACACGGCGAGAGCGAAUGGAAUAAAAAAAAUCUAUUUUGCGGAUGGUACGACUCGGAGCUGAGUUGCAAGGGCGAAGCUGAAGCCCUAAGUGCCGGCAAAGCACUGGCAAAAGGCAAAUACGAGUUCGACUUUGCGGCCACGUCGUUGUUGAAGAGAGCGCAGGACACGUUGAAUAUUAUUCUUAAAGAACUUAAACUGGAGAAAAUUCCCGUUUGCAAGACAUGGCGGUUGAACGAACGUCACUACGGCGAUCUCACCGGUUUGAACAAAGCCGACACCGCAAAAAAGUUUGGCGAAAAACAAGUAGAAGUCUGGAGACGCAGUUACAAUGUGCCGCCGCCUCCUAUGGAAAAAAGUCACCAGUACUACAAAACCAUAGUGAACGACCCUCGGUACAAGGACGAGCCGUGCAAGAAUGAAUUUCCCAUGACCGAAUCUUUAGAGUUAACGAUCAAAAGAACGCUGCCUUAUUGGAAUGACGUGAUCAUUCCACAACUGAAAGCUGGCAAACGUAUCAUCAUAGCAGCGCACGGCAACAGUCUCAGGGGUAUAGUGAAACACUUGGAUUGCAUAUCCGACAAAUGCAUAAUGAACUUGAACCUUCCUACCGGUAUUCCGUUUGAGUAUGUACUGGACAAAGAUUUCCGUCCGUUGGUCUCGAUGAAGUUCUUGGGCGAUAAGGAGACCGUCAAGAAGGCAAUGGAAGCGGUUGCGGCCCAGGGUAAAGCCAAAAAGUAG